AUGCUGCCCACACUCGCUACCAGCAACACAUUCUUUCGCGUUCUAGCCAUCUUCAACCUUUUUGCUUCCCUUACCUCUGUACACGCUGCAACAUCCUAUGCGAACGAUUUCGUCGACCCCGACUAUAUUUUGGCGAAGGAUUACGGCUCCAGUGGUAGCCCAGCCAAAUUAACUAUCGCUGGUUGGGCCAGGGAGCUCGCUGCGAAGGGUCCUUGGACCGUUACCAACAAGACAGCCACCCCUCCUACGGGCGACAAACGCACCUACAUGAGUUGGGCCCCUUAUUGGUGGCCGGACUGCAGCCAGGCCGGAAACACAACCGCGCUGUCCGAUGAACAAGUGUGGACUACGUGUCGCUAUAUCUCCCGUGACGGUAUAUUCAACCCGGAUGCCCGGCUCGUGGUGAACGAUGUCGGCGCGUUCCAAGACCUCUCUGACGCCGUCCUGUACAAUGCCAUCUCAUGGGCACUCAGCAAUGCGACUAGUAAUGAGUACUCGAAGAAUGUUGUAAAUUUCGUUAAUACCUGGUUCCUUGAUGAAACAACCGGCAUGCUUCCGAACCUCGAUUACGCACAGCAAAUUCGUGGCCCGGGUGAUCCUAAAGGAUCGCACACCGGUGUCCUGGACCUGAAGGGGAUGUCCAAAAUUGUCUCUGGAAUCCUCAUCCUCCGUAAGGGCAAUUGCCCGGACUGGACUUCCGAGUUGGACGCACGAAUGGACGAUUGGAGCAAACGCUACAUUACCUGGUUGGAAACUGCUGACCUUGCCAUAGAAGAGGCCCUUUCCACCAAUAACCAUGGAUCCUUCUACUACAAUCAGCUCGCGGCUCUAUAUCUCCUUGUCAAUAAUAACCCUGCAGCAAGAAAUGUCACGGAUACCUUCUUCCGUGGCAUCUAUAUGAACCAGAUUGAAGCCAACGGGGAACAGCCUCUGGAAGCUGCCCGCACGCGCCCGUACCACUACCGAGCUUACAAUCUCGCUGCCAUGAUCACGAACGCCCGCAUCGGCAUAUACGCUGCCCCCGACGCGCCUUCGCCCUUUCAGUUCAAGACUUCGCAAGGCGCGACCAUUCAAUCCGCCCUCGACUUCGCCAUUACGUUCAAGGCUUCGGAUUCCAAAGAAGACAACUACGCGUCGGAGCUCAACCCGAACGUCGCCGCCGUUGCUGCAGAAUACGGCGAUCCAGAUGGCAAAUAUGCUGGAUAUCUCAAAGUGAACGAGCCCGACUACCCUGCUGAAGCAUGGUUCUUGUGGAAUCAGCCGUUGAGCGACUCUGGGCUGUCCGCGCAGGCUAGCAUGUCCGGUGUUGCUUCAGGGCCGGAGCCUACCACCUCGACCAGACCGUCCACAGGCGCUAGUGAUAACGGUGGUGUCAGUGUUCGCAACGGUGGUGUAGCUGCCAUCCUCCUUGGUUUCCUCAGUGCAUCUAUUGCCCUGUGGUGA